AUGGAAAUUCGUAGCCAUCAUUUUGGCCAGCUGCUUGGCCAAAGUAUCGGGAAAGAAGCAGGAAAGACACGAAAAAUGUUAGAAACAUCCGUAGCAUCUAGAGUCGUAGAGCGAGUUGCAGAUUUACUUGCUUUGAUCUCACGUUCGAGCGAUCACGAAGCUCACGGCCUGCCUGACUGGAGCAUGAAUAAUCCAAUACCUUACCUCGGAAAACUGAUCUACAUCACAGAACGCGACGUUCCCGUUGGAAAGAUUCCACGGUACAUUGAUCAUCGUGCUAGUCAAACAACGGUUCGUGAUAAUGCACCGAUUUUAAAUCAUUGUUAUCAACGCCGAGAACAAAGGAAGAACUGCCAAAUUUACUCGAGCAGAAGACAAAGAGAAAUGGACAAAAGGUAG